AUAGAUUUAGCGGUAUUUUCAAAGCUCUGGGUCACGUAAGGUAAAACAGAUGGCUCUCAAAACAUGGGAAUUCGUAUAAGCGUGCUCUUUAUAAAAGUCUAUAUAUUGACAGCCAUAUACUUCAUAGCAAUUAUUUGUACAACCAGAAAUCAUGAUUAUGAAUACUCGCAUUCUUUGAAACUAAGCAAGAUUCCUAAUGAUUCUUAUAUACUUAUCCAUACUUUGGGAGGCGAAAUUCUAUGUGUUCAUAGACGCUCUGGACAUGUAAAGUGGAAGUUUGACUCUGCCUCUGCUCUUAGCGCGAGUUAUGACAAUGGGCCAUUACUGAUUGUAGAUCCAAUUAGCGGUUCUCUCUACGAAUAUGCAAGUUCAGUCUCAGAAUUCUUAUUUCAACUGUUGGAUCAUUCCAUCAUGGGGCACGUUCGACGUUCUCCUGCAUACUACAAAAACUUCUUAUCUCUCGGUAAUUGGUUUUAUUUGCUAACCGGUAGAACCUCAAAGUUCCUCAAGGCUUAUCUAAAAUGGGAGAUUAGCAUUUCAUUAAGUCAUUAUUUCAUGAAAUGUUUUAUUUUUUCUAUAGUUACCUGAGUUACUGUUCUCAUUUUUGGUAAUCUUGCAAAUAAUAACGCCUUUUUGGGAAUAGCAAGUACUGCUUCCUGGGGGCCCAAACUGUUUUCUACUGAUAUAACCUAACUAGCGUUUUCCUGUUGUAUGUACUUCGGAAUCAUAUUCAUUUAUUUUAUUUGUCGGUAUUUUCUUAUGUGGCCAGAAAAAUCAGUAAUGUGUUUCACACAUUUAUUAGUCCAUGAAUUAAGUAAUCUACGCCUAAAUCGUUCUACGUUGUUUAUGGACACCCUUCUCAACUGUACUGGAAAAAUGUAUAAAUAUCUAUUUUGAAUCCUCAGCAUCAUACUUGUGGUCUGUGAUUAAGUUCACAUUGCUGAUCUUGUAUUUCUACCGAUUGUUGUUAUAUGACUCACUUCUAACUACCUCUGUAAGAUGCGGUUUCAAAAAUCACUUAUUGAGGUUUUUUAUCUGAAGUAAUGUCAUGCUCCUAAUCCGUCUAGCAUAUUAACGUACUUAUCAGGUAAAUGUGAUAUCAGUUAAUUUCGCUUCUCAUUCAUAUGAACACAUUUUUCCAGAGAAGUAACUAACGUCUUUCUUCUCCCUCAUUAUAGUUGAUGACGUUAUCUUUCAUAAGAAAAGUUAGAACGUGGGACAUAAACACAGCUUCAAUUUUUUACAACACAUUACAGAGUGAUGAAAUUAUCGAGGUGAAUUUAAAAGCAAUAGCAAUUUUAAUAUUGAUUGUAGUUAAAAAGAUUAGAGAUAAAGAUUAUGGUCAGAGAAUUAUUAAAUUUGUGGAUUAUAGUCAUUUUGCACAUCUAGAAGUCGAUAGAGUGAAUGCAUCUUAGUCAUGUCACUAAAUGUCUCCUACCACUGAUCACAGUAAUCGUAUGGACUCCAACCAGAUAAUCUCCAUCAACAAUCAGGACUCACAUCAACAGUCAACGACUUCAUGGAUUGGUGUCAGAUCUUGGUCUGACAGCCGCUAGCUUUCUCUUUACUUCUCCACCAGCCAUCAUCAUUCACCGGUCCUCACUUGGAAUUCAUCUCCACGCACCACUUUACAGUGUAGUCUGUCGUAUAAAUUCCGUAUGAUUCUGACGAUCUUCCUAGGUAAACCAUAGUGUCAAACAAGGUUCUGUAGGGUUCUGUCCAUACUGUUAGACACGUUCCCAUAAUCAAAGAAUUCGAUUUAUAGUGACCAGUUCUUUUCAAUUGACUCUUCAACAAUGAUCGUGGUGUUGAGAUUUAGCUUGUGUACGACCGAUUCUUAUGGAAUUCAGCCUGUUGAUCUCGGAGUUAAGCGUCUACUGAAUAUUUUAUUCAGUUUAAUUACUGCUGUUGAAAACUUUUUCUAGUACUGAUUGUAGUGUGAUGCCUCUGUAGUUUUCACAAUUGCUGAGAUCUUUCUUUGUCAUCUUGAUGAGGUAUCAUUCUUUUCAAUCUGACGGCAUUGGUCCUUUCUCCUCCAAUCCUGUCGUAACGUUUUUGAAUCUUAUCGACUAGCUUGUGCUGUCAUGUUAAUUGUUUAAUUUUAAAUAUUGUUUGCGAAGAUGUAAUGUCAGGAUAUAUGAGUUUGGAUGGUAGUGGAGUAAAUAGUUCGUGUGAUGAGGUCUAUGACAUGAAUAUAUAAAUUAAGUUAUGGGUGAAUGGAACGAAGAGACGAUAUCACAGAAACUCUCUCAGUUCAAUAAAUUAGUAAGUCAGCUAGAAGUAAUUCGGUUGUCUUUUCUUAGCAAAGUAAGUUGUAUCUAAAAAUGCUUGCCUAUGUCAUUAUAUUUACUGAUAAGGUUCUAAAUCGGACUUUUGGACCUCUGUGGAUAUGAAUUCAGGGAAAAUUUUCGAGUCAAUAUUUCAAAAUUACGUGGAUAGGUGCCCAACUUCGUUUAAUAAUGAGAAUGUUGACAAACUGAAAAAUUCUACUGAAGAAGAGAUUGAUAUAAUCAACCUUGGAAGAACUCAAUAUAACCUAGUACUUCGUGAUCGUUUUACUGGUUUGGUGAGGCUUAAUAUCACUUACAAUACGUUCGCCUCUCAUACAGAAGCAGAUUUACAAAAUUAUGAUUUACAGCACGUUGCUAUUACUCAACCGGCCUUAUUGACCUUUGAAGGGUCUAAGUUAAUAUGGAGUCUACCGUUAUCAUCUCCUGUAAUCGGCAUGUAUGCAUUAUGGUCACCGUCUGAUUCAUCAUCUAGUGUUGAUGCAACGAACGAAAACACCAAUAAUAACAUUAAUAGCAAUAACAAGGAAUCCAUAAAAGAGACAGCUAAAUUACCACGAAUCCUUAGACGUAUCGCAUUUACAACUUAUGCAUUAGAUCUACAUAAUAUGACAAAUCCUACAGAUGACCAAAUUUAUGAUGAAUUGGAAGCGAAAUUUAAUGGAACAUUAGAUUUAGCACCUUCAUUAUAUAUUGGACGUUCAAAAUCAACUCCAGUUUAUGCUUUGAUGUGUCUAGCAGAGGCUACAUUACGAAUACGUGGUUUACGUAGAGCAUCUGAAAUGUAUAUGUUGGAAGGUCCGAAAAAUUUAAUUGUCAUGGAUAAUAAUCAACAAACUACUACUACUAAGACUACAAUUACUACUGAUACAAAUAAUCAUAAUAAUAAUAAUUAUAAUAAUCACAAAGAUAAUUGGCCAACUGGUCUAAUCGGUUUAUAUGAAUUACCUACAAGUUAUAAAAAAACAUCAUCAUGGGAUGAUAAUCGUAUUGAUGACCAACCAAUGUCUACACUGAAACGUGGCAAACGAUUAAAGCGUUUACCGUCCAUAUCAUCAUCGGACUCGUCUACAAUGUGGGCUGUCAUUGUACCUCCACCUAGUCCACUAACACAUCCAACGGAAACUGUAAAUUCUUCGAAAAUUACAACAUUACGAGAUUUACCUGUUAACAAGACUUACAUCAAUGGUAUUGACAAGUAUUCUGAUGGUAAACAUGCAAAGAUUACUCCUACUAAUAAAUUAUUUUGGUUACUGUCAAUUUUCUUCACUGUUUUGUGUAUACUUCCUGUGUUCGUAUAUUUCAUCAACAAUUUUGUGAAAUCUAAUACAAUGAGCUGUUUAACAUUCAUUUCGAGCUUUAAAACAAUAUGUAAGAAUUUUAAUAUUGUAUACAAUGUCGUUUCAAAAUCGUACACUACACAUAUCGACAUGAAAAAUAGUCGUCUGUCGACAAGUGCACUUAAAACAAAAACGGAUCUGUCACAAGAAACAAGUUCAAUAGUAGCAGGUCUUCUUCCAUCGCACUUCGAUACACCAGAUUCUAGUGGUUGGGCUGGGUGUUCAGCACAAGAAAUUGGACAACCGGAACCAAUUCGUUUUAAUUUAAACAAAGUUUUAGGUCAUGGGGCAAACGGUACUAUGGUUUUUGCUGGAACUUAUGGACCACAUGAAACCGCUGUUAAACGUAUUGUAAGACAUCCUUUAUUAGAAAAACAUUGGCGUCGUGAACAUGCCAUAUUGUUAAAGCAUCAGCAUCCACAUUUAGUUCGUUGUUAUUGGACAGGUAGUACGGCAAACUUUCACUAUUUAGUAAUGCAAAGGUGUUCAUUGAGUUUAAAUGAAGCAUUAACAUCCAUGAGUUCAUCAAAUGCAUUGCAAUCAGAUGAAAUCAAUUCAACUGAUCCCAUUAAGACAUCUUUACUCAAUGAUUUGGGUUUAACUCCAGUACAAAUUAUUCAUCAAUUUAUUUUAGCUGUUGCAUGUUUACAUCGUAAUCAAAUUGUUCAUCGAGAUUUGAAACCAAGUAAUAUACUUAUAAUUUUGGAUAAUAAUUCUAAUAAAGUGAAUAAUAAUAAUAAUAAUUCAACCGAGAAAGCACGUGUUGUAGUUGGAGAUUUCGGUUUAUCUCGUCCAUUACCUACAGAUCAACACGAACAACAACAUCAAGAUACAUUCAAUUCAAUUGGACCGCACAUUUCUGUGAAAAUUCAACAAAUUAAAAGUCGUUCACUCUCUUCAACAUCAUACCAAAAUGACAGUAGUGUUGAAUUUAACUCAUCUGAGAAUGAUAUACAAUCGGAUGUUACAAGUGUUACUAAUAAUAAUAGCAGUAAUGUUUUCGGUAUAAGUGUAAGAUAUGGUGACCAAGAAGAAUAUACUCCUGGUAUUGUUAAUAAUUCCAGAAACCCUAAUGUAAAUAACUAUCAUAGUGAUAAAAAUCAAGUAUCAGAUAAUAGUGUAUGCUUCACUUUUGGUACACUUGGUUGGAUGGCACCUGAACUGUGCGAUGCAGAGUCGGCCUCACAAGUGACUUGUGCAAUUGAUAUAUUCGCUUGUGGUCUAUUGGCUUAUUAUGUUUUAACUUAUGGUAAGCAUCCAUAUGAUUGCUGUAGUAAAGAGUUGAAUAAAUUUCAAAUUGACAAAAAUACCCAAUCAACAACUGUAUGUUCGUCAGUGUCAUCCUCGUCAUCUUUUACUACUACUGGUGUUGGUGGUGGGGACAGCAGCUCUGACACCGUAAAUGAAGUUAAAUCAUUCAGAUGUACCACUUUAAGCCGUCAACAUGAACGACAGUUGGCAAUAACUGAAGGUCGUCUACCUAAUUUGGACACUUUGACCGAGAAUCCAACCAAUGUUCAUGAAAGUUAUUUAGCUCGUUACCUUGUACAAACAAUGCUUUCAUCGAAUCCUAACGAUCGACCAACAGCUGAAGAGAUCACUUACUAUCCAUUGUUUUGGUCACCAAAUAAAGUCAUACGCUUCAUAUCGGAAUUAUCAAAUGUUAUGGAUAUUAAAGAUUUAUCAUUUGAUAUUCCAUCUCAAAUUGGCACUUCUACUAAUCAUUCAGUUGACGCUGCUGACGGAAACUGCACUCAAGACAAUAAUAAUAAUAAUAAUGGAGGCAGUACACCUACUACUAAUUAUCAGUCAGUCAGACAACAACAUUUCGAUAAUUAUCAUCAACAACAAAUGUUAAAUGAUCUUAUUCGUUAUAGAAAUUGGGUAUUUAAUGAACAUUGGUUUGCUAGACUAGAACCUGAACUAGUUGAUAAUUUAUUGAGUAAUAGAAGCUAUCAAGAUACUUCUCUUUUAUACCUUCUACGUGCUAUACGCAAUAAACAUAGUCAUUUCUGGUCAUUACCAGAACAUAUUCGUGCAAUCUAUGGUUAUAAUCAAGAAGGUAUGUCAAUUUAUUGGACAAUGCGUUUUCCUGCUCUUCUACCGCUUAUCUAUGGUUUAUGUAAUAAACACUUUACUGGUACUAUUAAUUUUUCGGAAUUUCUACCUCCAAAAUCAAUUUGUAAAAUAUUUGUCGGUGUUCCAACAAAUUGUCCAUGGUGGCCUAUUUGGAAUACCUCUAGUACUGAUAAUAAUGAAAUAGACGAAAUUUCAAUUCAAGAGAACAAUUCAAUAAAACCACAUGUUCAGUUUAGUCAAAAUGCAAAUAAAUCAAAGAAUUUAUAUGUGAAUAGUAGAUGGAAACGUGGUGACAUUAUGCCCUCCUAUUCUUUGGAACUAAGUAAACCAUACAAUAAACCAUCAGAUAUAAUGAAUAAAUCACUUAAAAUCUCAGUAAAACAUGAAUGUGAUCAAGAAUUAAAAUAUGAAACGAUAUAUCCUAAUGAAGUGGAUCCCAAUGAUGAUGUUUGGAAUAAUACUACUGUUAAUAGUAGUCAUAGACGUCGUCGACCUAACCAACCUAAAAAAAUUCGUCCUUCUAAAAAACAAUUCACUAUACAACGACGUCAAGAUUUAAUUUCAAUUGCUGGAACUGAAUUACCUUCCAUAUAUGAGAACAAAUAAUUACUUGUGAUAUAAAGCUUUUUUUUCUUUUGUUAUACGAGUUUUCAUUCUUUGUACUUUAAAGGGAAGUUUUAUUAAAUAACCAAUCGUUAUACUUAAUAUUCCUUUUAAUGAACUAAACAAUCUCUUCCUGUUGUUUUAUACAACAAAUUGGUUUUACCUUCCAAAUCAACGAUAAACUUUAUACCUGUGUGUGUGUGUGUGUAUGUCUGAUUAUAGUUUUCACUCAAACAUGUGUGGUGUUUCUCUUCUUAUUUAUUUUGAUUAUUUGUACAUACUACUCUUAACUGAUUAAAAAAACGGUUGAAAUGUGCAGUUACUGUGACUCGUUUGUGAUUGAUAUCGAUAUUGUUAUUUUUUAUACAUUUUGUUUAUGUUUUUUUCGAUAUUCACAGAUAUAUAUAAAUAAAUAAAUAUGCACCAUUUUUCUGUUGUAUUUGUGAUUUUUAUUGGAAAUUAAUUUUUGCUACUUCAGUGAUCAUUGUUUCUCAUGUAGGGACUACAGUACGAAAAUGACUUGAAAUGUGGAAACAUGUGUAUGUGUACAGGGUAUCUACGAGAUGAUACAUCACAAAAUCUAGUUAGUCAUAAUUUAUUAGUUGUAUAAGGGUAUUUAUCCGUACUGUGAAGGGUAAUUCUUUCUGGAAAGGAAAUUAGAUUAAAAGUUAUCUUGUUGACUUAGGAAGAGUGAAUCAGUGUCCAAAGAGAAAAAUUGCUUAAUACUGGUUAUACAUGGUCUUUUUAUCAUUAACUUAAGUUAUUGUUGAUUCAUCUAGUAUGUUUUGAGUGUAAGUGACUGAAGUGGAUAAAAAAUUGUUGCAUUACAAUAGACGAUUUAUCCGCGGUGGUUUGGGAGAACUACAAGUUCGUUAGUUUGAUGUUCAUGAGUUAAUUUUCGAAACCUUUGGUUGCUAAAGUCGAUUCACGGAUUUAAUAAGAUAUUUUCCUGUGCUACAGAAAUAUUCUACUCGCUGUUUACGUGAAGAUUUAAACGAAGCAUCUUAGUAGGUCGCUUAUGCGUGCCUUUUAUAUACGAAUUCUUCUACUU